ACCAGCAUCCUUGUUGAGCAACGGGAGUAUAGAUAGACACAAUAGCAGUUUAUUAUCAGGGUCCUUAUAAUGAAGCUUAUAAUAACACGGUGACAGGAAUCUGCAGCCUGAGGAGACAUUUAACUGAUUAAUAAGGCAGCAGGAGGACAGUGGAUCAUAUUGUCACUGAUUUUCGUCUCUCUGAAUCUGAAGAUCGAUUUUGCGACUGCACACGACUUACUGAAGAUGGAGUUUAGUGAAAGGAAAAGGAGAAGGAAGUCUCAGAGCUUUAAACUGGUCACGGAUGAAGAUGAAGAUUCCGCCGCUUCAUAUAUGAUGAAUUCCAACUGCAAAGAUGUCAAUGGAGAGCCUAAAGAUGCUGCUUUGCCUGAUGUUUGGCUGAGGGACGAGGGCGUGGAGAUCAAGAGGCAAAUCACAGGAAUGAUGAGGCUUCUGAGUGAUAAGACCGGCAGGGUGUAUCAGCGCGUGGUAACUGAGCAGGACAGCUUAACAAAGGAGCCCCAGGAUAGGCAUCUGACCUGGGUACAUCAGCCUGCACUGUCAUCUCUGGUGUCAGAGGAUCACCAGAGCAACAGCUGGAACUCUGCAGGGGACCCGGGACCUUCACCUUCAUCCAUAUCCACCCCCAUCCCCAACGGUCCAGGCUGUGGUCAGUACAGCACCCGCUCCAAAGCCCUGAGGAUGCUCAACAAUACCAAGGAUCUGAUCAAAGUGAAUGAUGCUAACGAUGUAGUCCCUCCUGCUGCGCCAGAAGCCCCCUGCUGUAUGUGUAACUGUAAGGGCACCUUGCAGGCUAUUUUGCAGGAGCUGCGUGCUAUGAGGAGGCUGAUGCAGACUCAAAAAGCAUCCUUGGAAAGACAAGAAGAGGCAGCGUCACCAUGCCAACCUCGUCUCGGUCCAGGCCCCGCUCCUCGCUGUCGGCCCCGCAAGAGGAGGCCGAUCUAUAAGGUGGCACCACUGACUGUGUCUAGCGCUAGGAAAGCUGCUCUUGGCCCUCUGGAGGCGUCACCACCACUUCUAGCUGCACCUGCAGAAUCUGGAAAGAGGGAGGAAUGUGAGAAAGAGCGAGGCUCGUCUACACCCAACAGUCAUCCCGUCUCCUCUGAGGUUUCUGUGCUGCCACAUCAGAAAAAUCCAGUAACUGUCAACAGCAGACACAACCCUCUCCUGAACCAGCUAAGGGAACCUCAGUUGUUAGAGUCUGAGGUGCGUCUUGCAGAGGAUCAUGACGUGUAUAUCUCAAAGGCUCAGCUAGACUCCAUUCUGGUCAACUAUACACGCUCCGGCAGCCUGCUGUUCCGGAAACUGGUGUGUGCCUUCUUUGACGACACUAUUCUGGCUAACUCCUUGCCAAAUGGUAAAAGGAAGAGAGGGCUCAAUGACAACCGUAAGGGCUUGGACCAGAACAUUGUGGGCGCCAUUAAAGUGUUUACAGAGAAAUACUGCACUGAACACAGAAUAGAGAAGUUGCCCGGGCCACGAGACUGGGUUCAGAUCCUUCAAGAUCAGAUCAAACUUGCCAGAAGGAGGCUGAAAAGAGAUGCUGCAGAAGUAGAAGAAGUCUUAAAUGGACCUUCCACAAGCUGCGACUAUAACAAGCCUACAAGUGUGGAGGGGACGGUGGUGAACAUGACUGGUUGAUUCAAGGGCUGCCACGAUGACCUUACAGCAGAUCUGUUGAUUGCCUUCAUUACUUCUCUAACUUGAUGCAUUUGAUGCCACCAGCUGUAAUCUGCUCUGUGUUAGGGAUGUAAAGGGAAAAAACAAUAGGACCAAAUGAAAAAGAAGCCUGCUUAUAUCCUCAUACACACAUGCAUACACACGCUCCACCUUUUGUGGUCCUUAGGACUUUUCAUUGGACAGAUGCUGAGAUCUGGGAUUUUAUGCCAAUAGACACUGAACUAUACAGUGGUUAAAAACCUCAGAUCAUUUUCAUGUUUAAAAGUGACUUACUGUUUACAUUAUAGCCUACAGCUUUAACUUGCCUAGUACUCAUAUGUCAUUACUAGGAGUUGAAAACAAGACCAAGUAUUGUAACAGUAUAUUUUGCACAAAUUACUUUUUACAGGAAGUUUUUCCAUUGUGGAUUGUGCCUUUUAAGUGACCAGUACUUCAAUGAGUGUAAUGUGCAGUGCAGCGUAAUUACAUACUACAUUCAGAAGUAAAUAUCUAAUGUAUUUUUGGCCAAUUUUGCAAAUCAAAAAUAUGUUGAUAGGCUAUAACUUACUGAAAAUAUACAGUAUUCUAUGAAUAUUUUUUUCCUUACUAUAAUCUCUAGGCUAUGCAUAUCUAUUGUGCUAUUGUUGUUAAUAUUGUGAUGGAAUUACAAUUUUCUUUAAUUUUCGCUCACUGUGCAUAUGAAUAGUUGUUUCCACUAUUAAAUAUGGUUUCCUGGCCA